UGCCGCGCGCCCGCCCGCCACCUUCGGGCGCCACCUCGGCUCCACGCCCAACCUGCAGCUCGACAUCAUGGACAAUCGCCGAGAUCAAGGCGGCGCGCAAGGUGCGGCCUCAAGAUGGUGGCGCACGCGCCAGCGCGAGCGCGUGUGCGAGGUGCAAGCGCGUGGACGGCGGCGCGGGGCGCCUCGUCGGCGCAAGCCGGCACGCCCGGGCGCCGCGGCCAGCCCACGCGCUACCAGAGCCGCGGCGCUGACGCGGCCAUCAACCGGCGCUACUCGGACUUCGUGUCGGCGGCGGGGCUGGCGCCGGCGGCGGGGCCGUCGCAGCGGCGGCGCGCCUCCGAAGCAGCCCGUCGCGGCGCGGCCCUCGGCCAGCCAGGGCGCGGCCGGGGCGCCACCGCAUCGUCCACCAAACUCCGACCUCAUUACCAUCCUGUCGUCGCUUCGCCUCGUCCGCGCAGGAGAUCAACCGCGACCCGACGAGGAGGCGGAUGGAGGAGCGCGGCGGCUGCGCGCGCGCAGGCGGAGUCGCCGCAGAAGAAGAAGGCCCCGCCCGUGUCCGCCGUCGCUCGGGGGCGGGGGCGCGGCGGAACGCCAGGGGCGGUCCCGCGGGCGCGAGGCGGGCCACCCGCCACGCAGACCAGAAGCGCCAAAGCGCCUCCAAGAUCUGCGCUCCAACAGCUUCGGACGUGUCCAUGCUCUGGCACCGCGCGCAAGGAGAAGCAGCGGCGCAGCACGGCGCACAGCCGCAGGCGGCUCCGUGGGGCCCGCCAGGCUGGUUCAUUCAAGCCACCAGCCCAAGCGCGCGGCGAGCCUGGGGCGGCGGCCGGCGGUCCGGCGAGCGCCGGCGCGGCCGGGAGCGGGGGGCGGGCGCGAGCAAGGGCCUCCCGUCGUCGUCACUUAUCGGCGACGAGAAGGCCACGUGAGACAACGGCCGGGGCCGAGUGCCGGGGGCCCUGGAGGCGGGGGGCGAGCGCGGGCGGGGUGGCGGAGCGGGCAGCGGCGCGCGUGGGGUUGCCCGUGA